UAUUCACUCAAACACAACUAUCACUAAUACGUAUUAUCGGGUAGUGUACAGUUCGCAAAUAAUUUUUGCAGAACGAUACAACCUUAUGUUGUAUUGAUUGAUCUAUAUUGUAUACUUAUAAUAAAACAAUUUGAAUUUGUACAACACGAAUGUGCUUAAAAUAGUGAUAGAUAAAAUUGAAUGCGUGCCGGACGAUGGGAUGUUUUGUUGCGAAACAAAUCUGAAAAAUUGUCAGAAUUUAAAAAAUAACUGACAAUAACCACUUUAUCUGAGUGGUGUAAAAUUUUCAUCUUUAAACAACACAAGAAAACGAAUCAGGUACCAUGGCGAACUUGACACAAGCAAAAUUGAAUCAUUUCAUGUCUGAAACACAAGAUCAAUUAUUAAAAUUAUUUGAAAAAGAAUUAGUUUUUGACGAAGUGGUCGACUCGUGGCCGUUUAUGAGUACACCAUGGCCAGUACUCUCGAUAUUAUCGGUGUACUUAUUGUUUGUAUUAAAAUUCGGUCCAAAUAUGAUGGAAAAUCGGAAACCGUUUAACAUAAAAUAUAUAAUGCUUUUGUAUAAUGCUAUACAAACGCUUUAUAAUGGUUGGCUUGUAGCCUGGUUUUUUAUCACGCCUGGAGCAGUUGACUACCAUAUGAAUCAUUUAUGCCAUCCACUCCCUCGAAAUCUCAAUCAGUUUCUUAUACACGAGUUAAACAAAGGUUCGUGGUACUUUUUCCUAUCCAAAGUAAUUGAUUUAUUAGAUACAGUGUUUUUCGUCUUGAGGAAAAAACAAUCGCAAGUAUCUUUCUUACAUGUUUAUCAUCAUGUAAAUAUGGUAAUCACAUGUUGGGCUUAUCUACGAUUCAUAAAAGGAGAACAACUGAUAUUUGGUGGAAUCAUAAACUCAUUUAUUCAUACAGUUAUGUACAGCUACUACUUUUUGUCAGCUUUGGGUCCACAUAUGCAAAAAUACUUGUGGUGGAAAAAAUACUUGACUCGUAUGCAAAUCAUUCAAUUCCUAUCAAUAAUGGCAUAUAAUGCUGGCCUGUACACAUUUAACUGCAAUUUUCCGAGAUUGUUUAUGCUAUACGUGAUAGCUGAUGUCUCGCUAUUUUUGUAUUUGUUCUUAAUGUUCUAUAAAAGAACGUACGAACAAAACCGCAAAGCAAAAUUACACUCAAAUUAAACAAACAAGAAAAAUGCCUACCUUUUCAUGAUUUUCAUUGUUCGCGUUAAUGUAAUAAUUUUCUAUAUUUUUUUUUUAUACUAUUAAUAUCAUUACAAUUGUUUUGUUUUUCUUAGAAUAAGUAUAAUAAAAAAAGUGUUUUAUACAUUA